AUGGAUGACGGCGAAAGCCGCACUGCGGAAUUCGUCCCCGCCGGCAAAUCGUCUACUCGUACACGCUCCGGGAGCGCAAGCAGCCACAAGCGAAGCCUUUCAGGCUCGCUCUUCUCUAGAUUUCCAUUUUUCCGCAUGACACAAACGGAACAAUCGGGUCUUGGCUCUCGCACAAUGGAACAGGACGGGGACAACGAAGGCCCAGUGUCAUCUAACACCACGCCAAGGGCAAUCGACCCAACCUCCCACGGCAAGGCGAUGUCCGCAGCGAUGCAGCAUCAACGCCGGACAAGACGACGAAGAGGCUCGUUACGAAAGACGGCGCUGCUCGGCACACGCCUUGAAUCCCGCGACAAACGCGCCCUGGGUAAAAGCGCGGACUCGAACCGUGCCCAGAGCAAUGCCACCGGCACCUCCCUCCCUCCUCCUAGAAUCCCAAUAGAUCAAACAUCUCCAUCUGAACACGCAUUCGAAUCCACUAAGGGCGGCAACUUCACUGACGGCCCGUCAGAUACUGCCCAGCCGAGCUGGCGCGGUGUGGACGCCCUCCUAAAACCUCGCACCUCUGUCGCACGUCGACGCCAGGAACUCGCGCAGCAGCAACAGCAAUAUACGCACAACGCCCUGCUCAGCGAAGAAACCGGGACUGACGAGGAAGAUCUCGUGUCAUUCCCUCACAUAAACACUGCAAAUAACCCCUCCGAUUCGACAGACUCCGUCUUGCGCAUACCCACCCCUUCCUCCAGCUCCGAAUCCUUCUUUCCUCUCAAUGCAGACGCAAACUAUCGGCCUGUACAUCGGGCCAAGUCCUCGCCUCUGGCAACACAUUCCAUGGAAAUGCAGAGUAGUGCGGGUAUAGCCUGGGACUACUCGGAGACAGAGUGGUGGGGCUGGAUAAUAUUGAUGGUUACUUGGUUGGUUUUUGUCGUGGGCAUGGGCAGCUGUUUCGAGGUCUGGAGCUGGGCCUGGGAUGUUGGUGAGACGCCAUACGCACCACCAGAGCUGGAAGAUGACCCUACGCUUCCUAUUGUGGGAUACUAUCCUGCUUUGAUCAUUCUCACGGCUGUUAUGUCGUGGGUUUGGGUUAUUAUUGCUUGGGUCGGGAUGAAGUAUUUCAAGCAUGCCAAUAUAUCUGGGGAUGACAGUUGA